AUGGCUGUCGGCGCCGCCCGGCUGCUCUGUGAACGUGAUUCCAGGGCCGGGUCGUUCUGCGUUCUAUUCUCGCUCUCCCUGCUCGGCAUUCUGCUCUUCAGUAAGCGGUCUCUGGAGCCAGCCGUCUCUUCCUUCACGGAUAAAUUCCUCUUGAGUACUCUACCCCAGCAGCAGCCGCCGCCGCCGGCGCUUCCAAUCCUGAACCAAGCUCCGGAGAUCCAGUACGAUGGUGCAGAUUCCCCUCCAGAAACUCCAUCGACGGAUGGCGAUAGAUCAUUGCCGUCGCCGCCAACUGAAGUGCACGGGCAUAAUGAAUCUUCGCUGCCGAGAAUUCAGAUCGUUAGUAAGGAAGAGAAAAAUCAAGAGGUAGAAGAGGGUGGAGGGAGUGAGCCUGUGGAGACUCUCGGGAGGGAGGGUAAGUGCGAUUUGUUUCAUGGGAGUUGGGUGGAGGACGAGGAGGGGAGGUACCCGCUGUACCGCCCGGGGUCUUGCCCUUACGUUGACGAUGCCUUCACAUGCCAGGAGAACGGCAGGCCGGACAAUGCCUACCUCAAGUGGAGGUGGAAGCCUCACGGCUGUGAUCUUCCCAGGUAGAUAUCAUCUAGCACUUUGUGAUUAUUAUUUGUUGUCACUUUAUGAAACGCAAACAUGGGAAUCAUGAAUGAUGAAUCAAUCGAUUCCUUCUUUAUCAUUCAGCUCGCUGAAAAACUACCAGAAUUUAAGGCUGCCUCCUUCCGUCGCUAAAGUCGCAAACCUGCUGGAUCCGUCACCAUGGGAUCGAUCAUAUGACUGCUCUAAUUAUAUUCUUCCCAUCUAUAAAAGUUCAUUUCAUGGAAUUUCCUAGCAUGAAAUGUUCCAUUUAUUAUUUAAUGAAGAAUCGGUACCAAAAAUUCAGUGGGAUGCUGCAGAAAGUCAAUUCUCGAUCGUGAGAAACUUGUGGCCAUCGGAUGUAUUUACUUCUAGGUUUUCUUCUGUGAUUCAUCCAAUGAAGAAACUGGAACUGGAGAUUGAUUCUCUGUGCCUUGCCUCUGCGUGUGACAUUCAUCCAACCAUUUUUAAUCCUCCAAAACCUCAGAUGCUUUUAUGUCGGCCUUUGCCAGGAGGUAUGCAACUGAAGGGGGGCGAAUGAUUUGUUAAUACUUCCCAUGGAGAAAUAAUUUGUUAACAACCUACUCUGCGCCUAAAUUGUACCUUGGGAUUUUCAGUAAUUUACACGAUGCACAAGUUAGCUUACUCGACUUUGUGAACCAGAUGUUUGCAGCGAAAUGUGAUGAGAACGAGCUUGAUAGUAAGCUUGCUCUUAGAUUGCAAGGAGUGAUGAGAACGAAAUGUACAAAUUAUAAAGCCAUCCGGAAAAAGAUGGGUUUUCUUUUCUGUGCGCUCGAGUUCUGAUGUUCUUCCUGGAUUUUUCUAAUCGCGCUGUCUAAUUUAUGAGCUGAAAAAGAGGAUUUGGUGGUGGCCUUUGGAAAACCCCGGUCAGUUCCUCAAAUAACCGUGAAUCUCUUCAUUUUUUACUUCUGGUUUUGGCUUCACAUGUUGCAGCUAUCAGCGAUCGUCGGAAGAUUGUUGAUUCCUAUGAUGGCCGUAUACAAUUUUUGUUUCUAUGUUGAGCUCAAUAUGUUGGUCCCCGGGGUGAAUUUCUAUGCGCAGUAUAAUUUUAUUUUAUUUUAUUUUUUGCGUGGGUUUGACCUGUCACAUAUAGGGUUCAAGCAGCUUUGCACAUUUUGACCUUUCAAAGCCAUGCAUUUCCUGCCCUGAAACCCUGACUUAAAGUCAGUACAGGUUAGUAUAAAAAUUGUUGUUUUGUUAUCAUCAGGAUCCAUCUGUCGGAUUCUAUAAGAUUUACUGGAGGACAGAGAGUGUCGUGCUCUUCCCCACAAGAUGCAGUUCAAUGGCCCCAACGAGCUUUGAUGACUUUGGCCCGGUUUUUCUAUGAUUCACCUCCUAAUCCAUCGAGUGAUCACUCUCCUGCCAAGCCUCAAUCUCCCAUCUCUCUUUCGCCCCACCUUACCCGCAGUGAUCCAGCUGCCUGUUCUUCACAACUAUUCAUCCGUAUGAGAAAAUAAAUGGGCUUAUAAAGCAGUCGUCAGCAAGAUACGAUCAAUGGUGCGAGAUAUGGGUAGGAAGCCUGCGAUUCUUUCUACUUUUGGAACGACCUUUGCACCCGAUUGCUAGUCUCAGCGGCGACUGAGGCCUCUUUUAUGCAUUUAUAUGGGUAGGCAGACUGAAAUUCUUGGAUGACAUGGGAAUUGUCCGCUUGUUCCACACCACUCUUGAUCUUUUUUCUUUUUUUCUUCCUAUUUCUGUGUGAUUUAAUGCAUAAAUGUCCUCUCCUUCUUCUCGUUGAUCGAGUAGGUUCAAUGGAACAGACAUGCUGGAGAGGCUGAGGGGUAGAAGGCUGAUGCUCGUCGGUGACUCCAUGAACCGUAACCAGUUCGAGUCUCUGCUGUGCCUUCUCCAUGGAUCCUUGCCAAAUAAGAGCAGAAUGUACGAGACCAGGGGCUACCCAGUAUCAAAGGGCCGAGGCUACUUCAUUUUCCGAUUCCUGGUAAGAACUCGCCCCCUUCUCUCUCUCUCUCUCUCUCUCUCUAUCUCUCUAUCACUUGAGAGAUGAAGGAAUAUGGUUGGCAUUAUCCAGUAAUGAAUGCUUGUUUCCGAAAGGCUCGAGGCUACUUCUCUCUUUCUCUCUCUAGAGAUGAUGGAGUAUGGUGGGAUUGUUUAGUGAUAAACGCUGGUUUUCUGAUGGUCGAACCAGUUUGGGCGAGAGAAGAAAGAAAUCUGAUUGGUUUUUCUUCUUUCUUCUGGGGCGUGGAUGGAUCUGUUUUCUUGGGCUUCUGUGGAAUUUCCUGAUUUGGUGCGAAUUGCAGGACUACAACUGCACCGUAGAAUUCAGCCGCUCCCAUUUCCUGGUGAGGGAAGGGAGGCACCGCACCUCCCUUGGAAAAUCUCGGCCGUCGCUUCUGAUCGAUCGCAUCGACAGGACCUCUCCCCGGUGGAAGCGUGCCGACGUUCUGAUCUUCAACACUGGCCACUGGUGGGCCCAUGGGAAGACCUCCAAAGGGUAAUCUCUCUCUCUCUUUCUCUCUCUCUCUCUCUCUCACUCUCACUUUCCAUGUAUGUCUCUUUCCAUCUAGAUCUCAAAGGAGCAACUCUCUCUCUCUCUCUCUCUCUCUCUUGUUUCUCUUUCCACGGCCAUUCUUGCUUGACAGAAAGUCUCUAUGGGCAGGAGGGACUACUACCAGGAAGGCACAGUGGUGUACCCUAAAUUUGACCCCACGGAGGCUUUCAGGAGGGCCAUGAGAACGUGGGCCCAGUGGGUUGACCAGAACAUGGUUCCCGGAAAGAGUCUCGUUUUCUACCGCGGCUACUCCACGGCCCAUUUCAGGUGAGAUCAUUCGGAUCCUAAUCAUGCUGUUAAAUCCAAUGGUUUUGACCGAGCUCAUUCUAGUCAUCGUAUCGUGCCUUCUAUCGUACCGUCUGAUGAAUUUUGACCGAGCCUGAUUAUAGUCAACUCAUCAUGUUGACCAGGGGGGGAGACUGGGACUCCGGUGGCACCUGCAACGGCGAGACCCAGCCAAUCCCUGGCGGCGGCGGCGCUUUUCCCGGCGGCUACCCUCCAAAGAUGCGCAUAAUCGAGGAGGUCAUCGGCGGGAUGGAGUUCCCGGUGGUCCUGCUGAACGUGACGAGGUUGACCAGCCUCCGCAAGGACGGGCACCCGUCGGUUUACCGGGUCAACGGGGGGAUGAGAACCUCCACAAGGCGGCAGGACUGCAGCCACUGGUGCCUCCCUGGAGUUCCCGACGCCUGGAACGAACUGAUCUACGCCGCCCUCACUGCGUGGAACGGUCACGGGAGAAGAACAGCAGUCAACCCGGUUGACCUCGGAGGGGAGCGAUUAGAUUAA